AUGGGCCUGGCCCUGUGCAGACAGUCUCACAUGCAUAUGUCCAAAGUCGUUCUAGUGGACCUGGACAGGGCAGUGAAGUCCACCCUUCUCCACUGUCUUGAGAAGGGUGAGCUGGCCCAUGCCACCCCCACCGUGGGCUUCAAUGUUGGCUCGUUGGAGCCAGACUCUGGCCCGGGCCAGGGGGGUAUGCAAGCCCUGAGGAAAGACCACAUGGAGGGCUGCGAUGCCCUGGUGUUCAUGGUUGACGGAGUAGACCGGGGGAGGCGUUGGGGACGAGAGGGUGCGGGGGAGUCCCCCUUAAUGGUGCUAGUUAAUAAGACAGACCUUGCAGAGGCCAUGGGGCUCCAGGAGGUGACGGAUGGGCUGUGGCUGGAGCAGUCCUGGGACAUAGACUGGGAGGUGCAGCGGCCCUGGGCUCUCUGGCCAUAA